GAGAGGCAGGCAGGCAGACAGAGAGGCAGGCAGACAGACAGAGAGAGAGACAGACAGACAGACAGAGAGACAGACAGACAGAGAGACAGACAGACAGAGAGACAGACAGGAGGGGCAAAUGGAGAGACGGCCUCAGCGCGUCUGCAUGAUGGCGGACCACAUGUUCCUGUGAGGGGGGGGGACGCGCUGUUCAGUGGGUGUGUUCCGACAGACCGACCGUGUGUGUGUCCGCCGUUUGGACCGUGUGUGGUCGAUGUACCGGGGAUAGUGAUCAGUGUACCCGGGAUAGUGAUGGGGAACGCGGAGAGCAUGGAGUCUCAGCUCGCGGUGAUCCGGUCCAGAGCCGCUCCGGCCCGCCUCCCGAUGCCCGAACCCGCCGAGCUGGAGGAGAGGUUCUCCAUCGCGCUGAAUUCCAUGAACCUCCCUCCUGAUAAAGUGCGUCUGCUCCGGUCCUACGACAGCGACAAGAAGUGGGAGCUGAUCUGUGACCAGGAGAGGUUUCAGGUGAAGAACCCCCCCCACACCUACAUCCAGAAACUGAGAGGCUUCCUGGACCCGGCCGUCACACGCAAGAAGUUCAGACGGAGGGUUCAGGAGUCGACUCAGAUGCUCAGAGAACUGGAGAUUUCUCUUCGGACCAAUCACAUCGGGUGGGUCAGGGAGUUCCUGAAUGAGGAGAACCGGGGUCUGGAUGUCCUCGUAGAAUAUCUGUCCUUCGCUCAGUACGCCGUCACGUUUGAUGGGGAGCAGGUGGAGGUUGGAGGCGAGGCGUCCUCCAUCGACUCGCCCUGGAGCCGCUCCAUCGAGGAUCUCCACGGAGACGCUGGCCUCCCCUCGCCCUCCUCCUCCGGACCGAGAGCUGCCCGACACUCCAUCAGCUCUGCGAUGGUGACUCGCUCCAACACACUGCCCAGUCGCCGGACUCUGAAGAACUCAAGACUCGUCUGCAAGAAAGACGACGUACACGUUUGUGUCAUGUGUCUGAGAGCCGUCAUGAACUACCAGUACGGAUUCAACAUGGUGAUGUCUCACCCUCACGCCGUCAACGAAAUCGCCCUCAGCCUCAACAACAGAAACCCCAGGACAAAGGCUCUGGUGUUGGAGUUGCUGGCUGCAGUUUGUUUGGUCAGAGGAGGACAUGAGAUCAUCCUGUUGGCCUUCGACAACUUCAAAACUGUGUGUUCAGAGUCAAUGCGUUUUGAAAAGUUGAUGGAACAUUUUAAGAACGAAGACGACAACAUCGACUUUCUGGUGGCCUGCAUGCAGUUCAUCAACAUCGUGGUUCACUCGGUGGAGGAUAUGAACUUCAGAGUCCACCUGCAGUAUGACUUCACCAAACUUAACCUGGACGAGCACCUGGAGAGGCUGAAGCACACAGAGAGCGACCGGCUGCAGGUUCAGAUUCAGGCGUACCUGGACAACGUGUUUGACGUUGGGACGCUGCUGGAAGACGCAGAGACCAAGACUGCUGCUCUGGAGAGGGUGGAGGAACUGGAGGAGAACCUGGGCACGAUGUCUGCCCGGGUGCUGGACGUGGAGAACGAGGCGAUGCUGAAGAUCGUGGAACUGGAGAAGCAGCUGAUGCAGACCAACAAGGAGCUGGACCAGAUCCGGGACGUGUACGCCAGCAGUAACUCUCAGGUGCACACGCUGCGGCGGAUCGUGCGGGAAAAGGACCAGACGAUCCGGAGACAGAGUCGUUUGGAGCGCCAGGCUCAGGAGGCUCAGCAGGCCGGAGGACCAGGAGCUCCACAGCCCCCGAGAGGAGAGGGAGACGGGGGGGUGGGGGACUCUGCCUCCCCCUCACCUCCACCCUGUCCUAACCUGUCCCCAAGUCCAGAGACCGUAGCGUAUCACAGCAUGGCUCCAGGGAUGGGCGGAGCUACGGGGAUGCUUGCCCCGCCCCCUCCCCCACCUCCUCCACCAAUGCCAGGCACAGUUUCCAAUGGGUCGUUUCCUGCUCCUCCUCCCCCCCCUCCACCACCUCCUCCCCCCCCUCCCUGUCGGACUAGUGAACUUUCUCCUGCCCCCCCCCCACCUCCCCCUUGCGCUCCCCCUCUCCCGGGCUCCGGACCCACUGUCAUCUUUAACUCCGGACUCGCAGCGGUGAAGAUAAAGAAGCCGAUCCAGACCAAGUUCCGGAUGCCGGUGUUGAACUGGGUGGCUCUGAAGCCGAGCCAGAUCAACGGGACCGUCUUCAACGACAUCGACGACGAGACCAUCCUUGGGGACAUUAACGUGGAGGAGUUUGAGGAGCUGUUUAAGACGAAGGCUCAGGGUCCGGCGGUGGACUUGACUCUUUCCAGACAGAAACUUCCUCAGAAAGCUCCGUCCAAAGUUUCUCUGCUGGAUGCCAACCGGUCUAAAAACUUGGCCAUCACUCUGAGGAAGGCGGGUCAGGGGUCAGAGGUUAUCUGUCGCGCCAUCCACACGUUCGACCUCCGGACGGUGAGAGUGGACUUCGUUGAAUGCCUGAUGCGUUUCCUGCCCACGGAGGCCGAGGUGAAGCUGCUCCGUCAGUACGAGAAAGACAGAAAACCUCUGGAGGCUCUGAGCGAUGAAGACAGGUUCAUGAUGCAGUUUAGCCGCAUCGAGAGGCUCAACCAACGCAUGACCAUCCUCACCUUCAUGGGCAACUUCAGCGAAAAUCUGCAGAUGCUGACGCCGCAACUCCACGCCAUCAUCGCUGCUUCAGUUUCUAUCAAAUCCUCUCAGAAGCUCAAGAAGAUCCUGGAGAUCAUCUUGGCUCUGGGGAACUAUAUGAAUAGCAGCAAGAGAGGAGCUGUUUACGGAUUCAAACUGCAGAGCUUAGACCUGCUGCUUGAGACCAAGUCCACAGACAGGAAGCAGACGCUGCUGCAUUACAUCGCCAACGUGGUGCGAGAGAAAUACCCGACGAAGAGCCUGUUCUACAACGAGCUGCACUACGUAGACAAGGCUGCUGCAGUGAGUCUGGAGAACGUUCUGCUGGACGUGAAGGAGCUGCAGCGCGGCAUGGAUUACAGCUGGAGAGAAUUCAGCGUCUCGCACAACGCAAUCCUGAAAGAUUUCAUCAGCCGCCACGAAGCACGACUCAGCAAACUGACCGAGGAAGCACACAUCGCACAGGAUGCGUUUGAAGACGCAGUGAAAUUCUUCGGAGAAAGUUCGAAGACGAUGCCUCCGUCCGUCUUCUUCCCCAUCUUCGUCCGAUUCAUCAAAGCGUACCGGCUGGCCGAGGAGGAGAACGAUCAGAGGAGGCGUCAGGAACAGAUGCUUCUGGAGAAACUGGAGCAGGAGGAGCAGCAGGAGGAGGAGAGCACCAAGUCCCCCUCCCACCGGGGGAAGCGCCAGCAGCUGGAGCUUCUCUCUGAACUCCGACGAAAACAAGGGAAGGAAACGCGGCACGUUUAUGAAGGGAAGGACGGAGCCAUCGAGGACAUCAUCACAGCUCUGAAGACCGUCCCCUUCACUGCUCGUUCGGCCAAACGCAGCUCUCGCUUCUUCUGUGACGCGGCUCACUCCGAGGAGCACUACUGAUGACGACACACAGGAGGAACCGGAGGAGAACUGGAGAACCGGAGUAAAGUGAAGGACAUGGUCUGUUUGAUGAUCAGCUGACACGAGUGGCGGCUGGUUCUCAUAGUUCUGUCGUCGCGGCUCGGAAGAGAGGGAACAGUUUUUGUUUUGGUGUUUCUUUACGCACACAUUAAACCAUGAAUUAAGUCAUGGAAACGCACCUUCAGUCUGACGGGUUCUCCGCUGGACCUUCAGUCUGACGGGUUCUCCGCUGCACCUUCAGUCUGACGGGUUCUCCGCUGCACCUUCAGUCUGACGGGUUCUCCGCUGCACCUUCAGUCUGACGGGUUCUCCGCUGGACCUUCAGUCUGACGGGUUCUCCGCUGGACCUUCAGUCUGACGGGUUCUCCGCUGGACCUUCAGUCUGACGGGUUCUCCGCUGGACCUUCAGUCUGACGGGUUCUCCGCUGCACCUUCAGUCUGACGGGUUCUCCGCUGGCACCUUCAGUCUGACGGGUUCUCCGCUGCACCUUCAGUCUGACGGGUUCUCCGCUGGACCUUCAGUCUGACGGGUUCUCCGCUGGACCUUCAGUCUGACGGGUUCUCCGCUGGACCUUCAGUCUGACGGGUUCUCCGCUGGACCUUCAGUCUGACGGGUUCUCCGCUGCACCUUCAGUCUGACGGGUUCUCCGCUGCACCUUCAGUCUGACGGGUUCUCCGCUGGACCUUUCAGUCUGACGGGUUCUCUGCUGGACACGCCCACUAAUCGAUGGGACUAAUCAGCACUUUGUUUUCUACAUUUCUGCGACGUCGUGUUUAUAUGUUGUGAUCGGUCAGAACCACACCAACCUGAAAUCAGAGUUCUGCAGGUUCUGUGGUUCUUAAAGAUCUGUGGUUCUAGAGUUCUGCAGGUUCUGUGGUUCUGAAGGAUCUGUGAUUCUGGAGUUCUGCAGGUUCUGUGGUUCUAUGUUCCUGUCUGUAUCUGUACAGGGUUCUGCGGUUCUGUUUGACGAGCCUUGCAACAGCGGGGGGGGGGAACAUGUUAUCUGUGAAAAACACCAGUGUGACUGCUGUGUGAACCUGUUAGCUCGAAGCGUAGCCACACCAUGUAAAACACGUCUGUUAGCAUGGCUGUUAGCACGGCUGUUAGCACGAUGACGCUAACGAUCAUAUAUAUUCUCACAGUAUCAUCAUGUUAACUAAAAUAAAUAUUCAGAGGAACAGGAAGUGACAGGUUCACACAGCAAGGACUUUAAUAACAAAGACAUUAGGAAAUAACUACGUAUUUAAAACUGUAAAUAUUAAAACAGCAAAUAUUAAUCAUAAGAUAAAGUCUGAGAAUGAAAACCGGAUCUGAUCCGUCAGGAAAACACAUCCUGAUAAAUGUGAAUAAAGGACUUUUGUUUCUGAAUAAAUUAAAAGGGGUAUUUGUGUAGCCCCCCCCCCCCCCAUAAAGACUUACAGCACAAAGUUUUCUACGUGUACAGAAACAUUUUCUAGGCGUGUUGUUGUUGUUGUGUUGUUCUGCACUUUGUGUCAAUAAACGCACCGUGUCUACGA